AUGGCGCCCUCAAUUACAAGUGUGGACUAUGAUGUCGCUCGUCUCCCUUCCAUAGCGCCGAGGUUGUUCACCAAGGCUGUUAGCCAAAAUCCACGCGGAUCAGUUGACCUUGCCCUCACCCUCCACGAAUCUCAUAUUCUUGAGGCUGCAAAGUCUCAAUAUUUGGGAUUCUUGGAACCUGAAAUUGCCCACAUUCUCGACAUCGAAACUGUUCUCGAUGUUUGCUGGCUCCUGGUGGUCCACUGCUUCUCUCCCGUGAGAGCAAUGUACCUAGAGUUCCACACGGGGUCAAAUUUCUGCUACAUCAAUGACACUUUCCAGCCAGGAAGUGAUUGUUAUGCCCUGGAAUUCUCUUCGGAGCGUCCAUUGAAGGAAAUUGUUCAGGAUUUCUGUCGUAUUAAGGCGCGCUUGGACUCCGUUCCUCUCGACGACGGUCCAGCUCCCGACAAGCAAAAGCGCUUCCUGACAUCUGCCAUUCGGUACGCUGCGGAUCUGCGCACUCUGCAUGAGGCUCCUGCAUUCGUCAACUCCAAGAUCUCUGAGCCAAAGCUGCUCCUCAACGUGACAAGUGAGCAUGGCAAGUUGCACGCUGGUCUUGCUUUCUCGGAGCCAGAUAUCUCUAGGGAAUUCGCAACAAGCCUUCUUCAUUGCUUCAACAAGGUUGUUGCUUCGGUGCAUAAAUCCCCAGAGAUCGCCUUGGAGACCCUUGAUUUAUGCUCGGAUCUUGACCUUAUUCUUCUCCAAAAGUACACCAAGGAGGUCUCUGAGUCUCACGAGGUCCUCUUGCAUGACAUGGCUCUGGAGCAUGCCAAAUUGACGCCUGACGCUCCAGCUAUUUGCUCAUGGGAUGGAGAUCUUACCUACAAAGAGUUAGACGAUCUCACCUCUCGCCUCGCGCUGCACUUGAGCAGCAUUGGCGUCGGUCCUGAGACCUUCGUGCUGAGCUGUUUCGAAAAGUCGACUUGGGCAAUCGUUGCCCGUUUGGCCAUCUUGAAAGCCGGCGGUGCCUAUAUCUCCAUUGAUGCGACCGACCCUCCCGUUUUCCUUGGAUCGGUUAUCAGUCGCGUUGACGCUAAAAUCAUGCUCACAUCACCAGACUAUGCCUCCAAAUACACUUCCCUCAUCUCAAACGUGAUAUCCAUUAACGGAGAUAUCCUUAAAGAGCUACCCGAGUCCAACGGGGUAGUAUGUUCAACCGUCCAGCCCAGCAAUGCCUGCCUGAUUCUGUUCACCUCCGGAAGCACCGGCCAGCCCAAGGGCAUCAUCCAAGAGCACCGCUCCUACGCCACUGCCAUCCGCGAUUACAAUAAAGUCCUCGGUCUGGGCCGUCAUAGCCGCGUCUUCCAGUUUGACGACUACGCCUUCGACAUCAGCAACAAUGACUACCUCACGGCCCUGUCUGCCGGUGGCUGCUGCUGCGUCCCUACGCCUGAGAAAACCAUCCCCGCCCUGAUCGAACAUAUCAACUCCACGAAAGCCAACAUGAGCUUCAUGACACCAACGAUCGCCGUCCAACUCGCCCCCCACGACGUCCCCUCCAUCGAGCUUCUCUGCGUAGGCGGCGAGCCCAUGUCGAACGAACUCCUUGUAAAAUGGGGCCCCCACGUCAAACUCGUAAACCAAUACGGAAUGGGCGAAGCCGCCACCUUCUGCGCCUACAACGAUAACCUCAAACAAGGUCAGAAUGCCAUCGUCGGCAAGUCAGGCAGCGGAGCAAUCUGGAUCGCUAACCCUUCUUGCCCGGAACGGCCCGUACCCGUCGGCGCCGUCGGCGAGAUCCUGAUCGAAGGUCCCCACCUCUCCCGCGGCUACUUGGAUGAUCUUUGCCAAAAGCCUGACGUGGGCUUCCUCAGCACAGUCCCCGGCUGGAUCGCUGAUCUGCACCCCACGCGCGCGGCCACAACCCGAAUCUACCGCUCUGGUGAUCUGGGACGCUACCUACACGAUGGAACAGUCGAGCACAUGGGCCGAAAGGACACAUUACUCAAGCUGAACGGCGGCCGUGUGGAGUCAACUGAAGUGGAGUAUGUUCUUCGGAAAAUCCUCCCUUCUCAAGGCGAUUUUGUCUUGAUCGACAUGCUGGGCGCGAUCGAUGGAGUCGACGACCCAGUGUUAGUGGCCUAUAUUUAUCUUGCGGAUAAUCCUACAAACCUUCUUCCUGGCGUGUCUGAUCAGGAGAUGUCGUUUCGGCCGAUAGACAGUCGUCUUCGAGUCAAUUCGUUGGUGACUGAGAUGGAAAAUGAAGUCAAGAAUACAUUGCCAAUACAUAUGAUGCCUGGUUUGUUUUUACUUGUUGACCGGGUACCCCGGACAAGGUCCAACAAACUUGAUCGGAGAAAGUUGCAUCAAAUCGCUCAAAAGUGGUACAUGGCGAAUCGGAGUUAA